AAAAAAAGUACUUGAUUCUGAAUUAUCAUCCUUUCUGGGACAAGGUGAAGUGAGACUGCUGGAAGUAUCGCUCUUCUAGUGUUGAAUACAAGUUGCAGUAUUUUCCGGAGCUUCCUCAACAAGAACAAGAGAAAAUGUGAUGGCUGAGAAAGAGCGGUCGGUAGGUUAUUUCGUCUGCUGAUCUUCGUGUGUCAAUUUCCGGAGAACAUCAUGGCCUCCUGAUAAGUGUGAUUGAGAGUGCAGCUGUGAAUGAGAGCACGAACUCGAAGGCCCUUAUCUCAGCACGGUCCAGCUUGUCAGAUCCAGUAAUAUCAACUACAAGCGUAAACCCUCAAGGAAGGCUGGCCUCAGAUGAAUCAGCCCUCAUACGAAUAGCACCACUAUACCUUGAUAAGAAGGCAGUUAUUUGGCUUUUGUGCUACAUGAUUCGACAUCUCUAAACAUGUUCAAACCUAAGGUUCCAACCUCCAAACCCUAUGAGGGUCCAGCCAUUAAGCCUUCCAAACCUCCGCCCAAGCCCAGUAAACCCUCCAAUCUCAAAUUUGUUCGGGCCCUUUUCCCCUACGAAGGUCAAGCGGACGAAGGAGAGCUCUCAUUCGGCGAGGGAGCGCUCUUGUUCAUCAUCGACGAUCAGAGUGAUCCCAAUUGGUGGAAGGCACGGUCUCAAGGGAAAGAGGGUCUCGUGCCGGCCAAUUAUCUGAUCAACAGCAAUGGUCAGUCCCCAUUCGAACAGAACCCCAUACAUGAUGCCGCUCGUCGAGGGAACAUGGAUCUGUUGGAGGAGUGCAUUUUGAACAAGAUCCCGGUCAAUGCCAUUGAUGUGGCUGGUAAUACGGCUCUUCAUUGGGCGGCCCAUUCGGGUCACUUGGAUUGUUUAAAGCGAAUCUUGGCCGUUCCUCAUGUAAAAACAUCGCUCCGGAAUCGCGUGGGGGACACGCCCUUACACCAUGCGGCCUGGAAAGGACAUCAUCUUUGCGUUCAGGCGUUGCGAGAGGCGGAGGCCGAUUUUGAGGCAUUAAAUGAGGAAGGUCAGCGACCUAUGGCCUUGGCACAGGAAACUGAGACACAGAAGGAAUUCAGAAUUUGGCAAAAGGUCCGAGAAGGAUCUGUUAAUCAAGUUAAUUGCGAUUAUAACGCGAGUGAUUACGAGUUGAGUGAUCAAGAAGACCAAUGACAGCGACGAUCUCAAGCCAAAAUGGGCAUAUGUGUUUUCUUUUAAUUGCAUUAUGUAUCCAGAUUCAUUGAUAAUUUCACCUAAUUACAUACUAAACCAAAUGUAAAUUCAUAACUCAUAAUCUAUAAUACACAGAUUUAUGGUUGCUCUGUGCUCAAGAGACGGUUGCGAUGGAAAAUGGGAGGACAAGUGGGUGUAGGGAUAGGUAGGGAGGAUAAGAAGUAACAUAACAUUAACAACAUUUGGGCGAGGGGAUAUUUUCUUUGGCAAAUAUUGAGUCUUGUCACCACGGGGGGGGGGGG